AUGUCCGUCGCGCUGGCCAGGAUUCGACAUUCUUGGUCCCGAAAAAGAAUACCAGAACUGACAAGAACAAAAAAUGCGCGUGAUUCAUCGGAUUCUGCAGCCACGGAACCAGCAACCGUCCACAGCAUUACGGCCCAGCCGCAGAGCCUCUCCACUACAUCACCGCAAGUCAACAUGCAGCCGGCCGACGAGCAGGCCAUAAAACACUACCAACCCUUCCGAGGCCGCGUUUUUGCCAUCACUGGUGGCGCCAGCGGCAUCGGCUUCGCGACAGCCAAGAUCCUCGCCCAGCGCGGCGCCACCGUGUGUGUAGCUGACGUCGAUACAGAUGCGAUGAAAGCUGCCGCAGACUACUUCGCCGGCCAGGGUGUGGACUGUGAUGUUGAUCGCGUGGAUGUUUCAAAACGUGCACAAGUUGAUUCCUGGAUUAUGGGCAUCGUGGCCAAACAUGGGCGGCUCGAUGGCGCGGCCAAUGUAGCGGGCGUCAUUGGAAAAUGCCACGGCAUUGCGACGGUGGCGGAGUUGGAGGACGAGGACUGGGAUCACAUUAUUGGCGUCAACCUUACAGGGACCAUGUACUGCCUGCGCGCUCAACUCAGAAAUAUUGAACACGGAGGGUCCAUUGUGAACGUGUCGUCCAUCCACGGUCUAAAAGGCUUUGCGAGACACGCGGCAUAUGAUGCGAGCAAGCACGGCAUCAUAGGGCUAACCAAGGCCGCGGCCCUGGAAAGCGGCGACCGCGAGAUCCGUGUCAACAGCGUCGCGCCCGGAGCAAUCUACACGCCGCUCAUGCAGAAGAAUUGGGACUUCAACAACCGACCCGCCGACGCGCCGUUUGACGAACCCACGGCGUUUCGGCGCCAGGGAACAGCCGAAGAGACGGCCAAAGUCAUUUGCUUUCUGCUUGGUCCGGAGAGCACCUUUGUGAGCGGCAGCGUGUACCAGGUCGACGGUGCGUGGAUGUAA